AAGCCUAACACGCCGAGCCCAUCCCUUGUUGUUAGCUUUGAUAGUCGCUGCUAUCACUUGAUAGUUCAGUUGUAGCCAGUCCAAGUUGGCAGUGUCAGCUCAAGCUGAUUGGAGCUGCAGACAUUUUUGCUGACUGGAGUCAUGCUAUCUUUGCCAGUUUGCUGGAAUAGACACAGACACUGAUUGGGUCAUGCUGAAAACAUUCCUGUCCUAUGAAGCAAGUCUGUUUGUAUUUUAGGUUUGCCAGGACUAAUGAAUUAAAAAUCUUGGGCUCGCCACAGUUCGCUGCUUAAUAAUGCUUGUGACAGAAGGACUUUUUCCUCCGUGAAGCAUGACAGCAUCGUAAUCCCUCGUCACUGGCAAAGAGAGGAAGGAAAAGCAGAAUUGUGGAGAAAAGCGGAAAAGGGUGAUCUUUUGGGACAGCGAAGCCUAUGGGAAGUGCAGGUAGCAGCAUGUUGCCCUGACAGCUGUCUCAGCUUCUCAGACCUUGUCAGUUUGUUGCUAUGCAGCAGGUGCAGCCUUUUCUUUUAUUGAAGCUUUACUCCAGAAAGGCAACGACAAGCCAAGGCAGUGGCUGGCCCUGGAUUAUACAAGUGCAGACACUCCGCUAAGUGAGGGUUUCAUCUCAGUAAAAUUUUGGAAUCAGUGGUCUCAGAAGAAAGACCGAAGACUGAAUAAGGUCUCAGUCGAGGAGUCAGACCCAUGCAGACAGACCCCUACACCUGCCCAGAGUUCCACUGAAGAAUCACCACCAAGCUGGAACAAUCAAGUAAAAGCAUUGACUCAAGUGCCCACAUGAUCACCACCGCAAGGGUACCUGCUGAUAAGCAAGUACGAAUUGCCUUCAGCCUGGAUGACUCCCCAGAUGAUGCUUCCUCUGAAAAUUCCUUCCCUUUGGCAUUUCCAGAACUAGAUCAGCAUCUGCAGCCACUGCCUCCUUGUCAUGACUCUAAGGAAUCCAUGCAGGUGUACAAACAGCACUGCAAAAUAGCAGAAGAGUACCAUGAGGUCAAGAAAGAAAUUGCUCUGCUGGAAGAAAGAAAAAAGGAGCUGAUUGCCAGGCUGGAACAAGUGGAAAAAGAAAGCAUGGAUGCUGCUCAGCUGGCUAAGGAGUACGCAGAACUGACAGAGGAGAACCGAACACUGAAGCUGGCCCAGACACAGUGUGUAGAGCAACUGGAAAAGCUCAGAAUACAGUAUCAAAAAAGGCAGGGGUCCUCAUAAUUCUGAACUAGCUUAUGUGAGGCAGUUAAUACAGGAUUGGUCCUGUACUAGAAAGAGAUUUUAAAAUAAAGGUCUGUUUAAUAUGUUAUAAUACUUCACCACAGAUAAAGAGUAUAUAGAAGUCUAUAUUUGAUUUAAUGCUUGCCAGCCAGUAGCUUAAUAUAAUGGAUAUUUCAUCCAUUAUAUAAUGGAUAUUUUAUUUCAAGUAACAUAAUUGAAGUUAACCUAUCCCCAUUAUAUGUUCUAGCAGAUCAGGUUUCUUUUCUAAACAUAUUUCUUCCAAUUUAAGAAGAUAUGGACACACUAGAAAAUGAUGAUAUAAUUAGUCUCUCUGUUGGGAAUUUGGACCAUACUAAGGCAUACAGCAGGGACAAUGUUAAUAUAUGGAAUACGUGUAUGUUAAUUUUAGUUUGGUGAGGAUUUUUUAAACUAUUUUCCUCAUGCUUCGAGUGUUUGGAAGUUAUCUUAAAACAGAUCUCCUGCCGGGUAAAAGAUAUACUUUAUUAUCCCAUGUCAGCUUUGUAUUGUUGUAUAAAAUCUGAGAAACUGUACACUAAAAAUUGAAGUAACGUAAUUAUUUUUUAACAAACAAGUGUACUGCCAGUAAUAAUUUGCAAGUUAUAAAAUUAAAAGGAGAAGGGUGAGAUCAAACUUUCCUUCCUCAAGCAUAAAGAUAGCUUGAGAGCCUUUUUAUUGUACUUUUUGGCAUACAAGAAAUUAAAAAUGAAUAUAUGAAUGCUAUCAUCAUGGUUUCCACUGAGAAUAUGUCACUAGAAGUACUGUUCCUAUUUUUCAAUCUGUUUUGAAACAUGAGUGGCUGUAAUCAGGGACAGGAGUUUCCUGAUAUACAAAUAACCUGGAAGUAAAAUGUUAGUUUUACUUGCUCUAUUUAUCCCUGUAUUUUCCUAGAUCAACAGAAAAUUCUUUGUUAUACUUCCAUUUCUAUUCAUACAGUAUUUUUUUCAUUAAAAGCAGAUAUAGAAAAGCCAUUUUAUGUUCUGAAUAUUCUUGAUCACCUUGACUUUUUAACUCUGUUUGACAGAUGCAGCUUGUUACAUCUUUGUGAGGUUGGAAUUCAACUUGAUGUGUCAUUACUACUGAAAUGGGUCUCAGUAAUUGAACACUAUGAACUUAAGAUUUCCACCAGAACUUUAGCUUUGAUCACUAAUCACUAAUCUGUUGUAAAAAAUUGGAUUUUAUGUUCAUCAGAACAUUUCCUGAGGAAGUCUUUUGGCACCAAAAUGUUCCCCAGUAAUUCCAGCAGCAAAGGUGACAAAAAAAUAGAAGAUGCCCCUUAAUAUCUCUGUGCUGUCUACCUACUUUAUUAUCUGCAGCACAGGCGUGGAAGAAGGCUCCAUACUACUGCAAGCGCCUGACUUUGCAGUAGAAAAGCAUGAGGAGGUAGCAGGAGAGGACAGCCUUGUCUCCCCUUUUUUUCUUGAGCCACCGAGGUGGGAAUAUUGCAUAUUCCCUCACUCUGGCCACUGCAGAAACAGGAGGGGAACUCACUGCUCUGAGGCAUAUGCUCUCUGCUGGGAUGCUCCACGGGCAAUCUAACACUGUAUUUGUUCCUCUCUCAGAGCACAUUGUUAUCUGAGGGUCCAGGUUUUGCUCUGUCUUGUGACAGUUGGAGACAAAAGACCCAUAAUGAAUAAAAACCACUUUGGAUGUUGAGUCUGGGAGUGCUGGAAAAGCCUUGUGUGCAUUUUGUGCUGAUGGUAAGCGUAUCCUGUACAGAUUUCAGAGUUUUGCUUUGAGCACAGGAUGCUGCAUAAUCUGGGAUAUAUUAUUUUUAUUUGUAUUUAUGUUUUGAACAACAGGAUUGUAAUUUUCAAAACUAAUUUGCUGAUUUAGUCACAUAUUUUUAUAUCUAGCCUUGAAAACACUAGCCAGUUUGGUGAUUUCAUGUAAUUCCUUGGAAGCUACACAAAAUGCAUAAAAUUAUUUCAGUAGCAGACUGGAUUUGGAUGCAGAUGGAUCAGAGAGCAGAACUUUACUUACAGAUAACUUUGUUAACCCUAAAUUUUUCUGUUUAGUUGCUCCCAUUGUGUUCUAGAUAUCAGAAUGAUAUCAGGUCAUAUUGUUUGAGAAAAAUGAGAGGGAGAGCCAAAGUCAUGUAGAGAAGGGAAGCUGAGCAUCAUUUGUGACACACAGUGAUUUGAGAGUAACCAGGGAAUAUGGCUUUUCUAACCUGUAGAGACUGACCGGUCUGGAAUUCUUCAGGAAACAUUUUUACAGGUGUAUAUACACCAAAUCUGUGGUGUGGUCCAGCUGCCAGCCUGGCUAAACAGAAUUCUUAAAGCAUCCCUGACUAAUUGAAGUCAGAAAUCUGUAUUUACUCUGGACUGUGGCUAUUUGCAAUCAAAUUUUCUUCCUACUUGUAGUCAUGUUGAAAGUAAAAAAUAACUGCUUUGUAUCAAUGUAUUUGCCUGCCAGCGUGGAUGCUCGUGUCCCUGAGAACAGUGACUCAGAGAAAUUGCAUCACAAUCCAAAUGAGUAAAACUGAAACAGAAGUAGCAAGGAAUAUAAAUUAAAGUAUCUCAGGAAAACAAGUUUUUAAGGAAAAAAAAUGGCAAUAAAAUGGGAUUCAAAGGCAAGAGAGUAGAUAAAUGGAAUUUUCAAAAAAUGUUCAUAGGCAAAUUAAAAUGCAGAAAACUCAAUGUAAACCAGAAAAUCAUUCACAUGUUGC